UGUCCCAUAUAAUGUCCCAUGCUCGCUGACCGUAUCGUGUCGGUUAUAUCAUGUGAAAUUCGGGAUCUGGGUUGUAUUGUAUCACAUAGCUGAAAUAGAGUCUGAGAGAGAUCACAAAUAUGAAUAGAGCUGAGGUACAUAAUCUGAUCUUGAGGAUCACGGCUUUUUUACUUUUCCUUGUUUCGUUAAUUCUGAUGUUAAUCAGCAAAACGAGCUCUGACACAGAAUCAAUCUCUCAUGGGAAAUACAGCACAAGCUUCCAAUAUCGUUUCAAUGAUUACAAGCCCUUCAGAUACGUUGUAGCUGUAAAUAUUAUAGCCUGUGCAUAUUCUUUCAUACGAAUUAUACAAGAACUUAUUAGCCUAUCUGGAAGACUCUACUUUUAUCUUAGCUUAAUCUUCGAUCAGCUGAUGGCCUACAUAGUUUUAUCCAGUGCCUCCGGAGGCGUUGGGUGCAUAAUUUUAACAAAACAAUUGUUUGAUGGUGGAGAGAUAGAUGAUGAAGGCGUGAGAAUGUUUGUGAAGUAUGCAUCAGCUUCAGUGAGUAUACAGCUUAUGGGGUUUUUGGUGAUAGCAGGUUGUGCAGUAAUAUCAGCCUCUCCUGUUACACGCGUUUAUAAGCUAUUAAUAAUUUGGCUGCCCAGGAGAUCCAUGCUACCAUUACUGAUAUUUAGCAGUAGGAACAAUUUUGUAUUUAAUUAGAGCAUGAGAUUUUACUAUAUCAAAUUAGCAAUUGUAUGUUGUAAUAGGUUUGGCCUUUCUCGCUUAAUUGAAAAAAAAGAAAGACUUUGGGAUUC